AUGGUUGAUGGAUGGUCUGGUAUAGCUGCUGAGGUUUUGAUGUUGAAACCACUAAUUAUAUAUCACUUGAAGAACUUCUUCUUGGUUAAGACUGAAAAGGACAGGGAAGAGGCCACGGAUCCUGGAAGUAUAGGUUUCAACACUGGAGAACCUCGCAUACAAUUGUACUUUCUGCUGGGCCUAGUCUAUGCUGCAGUGACACCUACUGUUCUUCCUUUCAUAAUAAUUUUCUUUGGGUUGGCCUAUGUUGUGUUCCGCCAUCAGAUAAUCAACGUUUAUAAUCAAGAAUACGAGAGUGGUGCAGCAUUCUGGCCUGAUGUCCAUUUCCGUGUCAUAAUUGCACUGAUAGUCUCACAGCUAGUUCUGAUGGGACUCCUAACCACCAAAAGAGCUGCUUCAUCAACUCCUUUUCUCAUUGCGCUACCGGUACUGACGAUAUGGUUCCAUAUAUACUGCAAAGGCCGUUUCGAAUCUGCAUUUUCUAAAUAUCCCUUACAGGAAGCGAUGAUGAAAGAUACAUUAGAACGAGCUACAGAUCCGAACCUGAACAUAAAAGGUUACCUUCAACACGCUUAUGUUCACCCAGUUUUUAAGGCUAGCCUUGAGGAUGCUGAUGAGGAGGAAGAUGUAACGAGUCUUAAGUGGGAAACUGAGAGUGCUACUGUACCUACAAAACGCCAUUCACGAAGGAAUACACCAUUGCCCAGCAGAGUUAGCGGUGCAUCGUCUCCACCUAUGCUUGAUGGCAUUAAAGACGAUCCAGAGUCAUAG